AUGGGUAACCCGUUGGGGAAGUCGCUGAGGGAAUCCACGCAAGACACGAGGCAUGGAGGCACGAGCCGUGAGGGGGAAAGCACACAUGUGCUGGGCACUGGGUGCACUACAAGUGGACAGGCGGGAAGUAGGGAAGUAAGGAAGGAGACCUGGGGUCCGCGGCAACGGGGACGCCCAUUCCGCCCAACGGUCGGCAGCAAUAGACGUCUAGCGCAGGCCGUUGCGCCUAAGAUACCUUGGUACCGCUGGGAUCAGGUAUCACCCGAAACCAGGCCCAUCCCAUCUUCCGUCGUGCCUCCUGCAAGAGGCACAGCACAACGCCCGCCCCCCGAAGCGUCGAAACGCGCACGCACCGCUUCCCAAGAUUGCGACGUGCAUCCCACUGGCGCUCGGCGAGUUGACGACACUAAACCUCGACGACUCCACGGCACCUCACGGACUCCACGGCACUCGAUUUCGACAGCACGUCAAGCGGGCGUUGGCCCCCGGCCCGUGGCCCCUGUCCCUUGA